AAUUCUGUGCGCCCGCACUGCAGCCAUUUCGAGUUCCUCACCUGCAGUUUAAUGUGCUGCAGCUCAAACUCAAGGUUUAUUUCUCUGAUUUCUUUUUAAUUUCACGUAUUUGCGACUCCAGAAGAAAAUUGUACUGCGUGGGCGCGUGUGAAGACUUUAAAUCGCCAACAUGCCGCGGAUUAUGAUCAAAGGAGGCGUGUGGCGCAACACUGAGGAUGAGAUUCUCAAAGCAGCUGUAAUGAAAUAUGGCAAAAAUCAGUGGUCUCGAAUCGCAUCCCUGCUGCACCGCAAAUCAGCCAAACAGUGUAAAGCCAGAUGGUAUGAGUGGCUGGACCCCAGCAUCAAGAAAACAGAAUGGUCACGUGAGGAAGAGGAGAAACUUCUUCACUUGGCCAAACUGAUGCCCACUCAGUGGAGGACAAUCGCCCCCAUCAUCGGACGAACGGCCGCUCAGUGUCUGGAGCAUUACGAAUAUCUGCUAGAUAAAGCCGCCCAGAGAGAGAAUGAAGAUGAUGUGGGCGAUGACCCUCGCAAGCUUAAACCAGGAGAGAUCGACCCAAACCCUGAGACCAAACCAGCCAGACCUGACCCUGUGGACAUGGAUGAAGAUGAGCUGGAGAUGCUGUCUGAAGCCAGAGCUCGACUGGCCAACACACAAGGCAAGAAGGCAAAGCGGAAAGCCAGAGAGAAGCAGCUGGAGGAAGCACGUCGUCUGGCAGCGCUUCAGAAGCGCAGGGAGCUGCGAGCUGCAGGCAUCGACAUCCAGAAGAAGCGCAAGAAGAAGAGAGGUGUCGACUAUAAUGCUGAGAUCCCGUUUGAAAAGAAACCCGCGCAGGGCUUCUACGAUACAUCCAUGGAGCUGUACAAUCCUUUGGAACCGAACUUCAAACGACUGCGCCAGCAGCAUCUCGAUGGAGAACUCAGGAGUGAGAAGGAGGAUCAUGAUCGAAAGAAGGACAGACAGAAGAUCAAGAAGAAGAAGGAGUCCGAUCUGCCCUCGGCCAUCCUGCAGACCAGUGGAGUGUCAGAGUUCACAAAGAAGAGAAGCAAACUGGUGCUUCCGACACCACAGGUCAGAGUUCUCACAAACUGUACUGCCUUAACCGUGGUAAAAAUCCCUGUGACUUAUGCCUUAAACAGAAACACCUUUGCAACCAUAGAACAUCCUAUGAACUGCAUCGGAGCCAGUGCUGUUACUGUUAAUGAGCUAACCCCCAGUCACGGAGCCGAGGGCAUGACCCCUCACGGUGGGAUGACUCCUAAACCCUCAGUGGGUGUGACCCCGGGCAGGACCCCGCUGCGGGACAAGCUCAACAUCAACACAGAGGAGGGUGGUGUGGACUACAGCGACCCGUCAUUUGCCAAACACUUGCAAAAGGAGUCCCGCGAGCAGCUCCGGCUGGGCUUGAUGUCUCUUCCGGUGCCCAAAAAUGACUUUGAGAUCGUUCUUCCCGAAAACGCUGAGAAAGAGCUGGAGGAAGCCGAGGUGGACGAGAGUUUCGUGGAGGAUGCGGCCGAGAUAGAGCUGCGUAAACAUGCCGCCAGAGAGGCCGAGAGGGAGAAGGAGCUGCGUCAGAGACACACAGCAGUUCAGAGAGAUUUACCAAGACCUUCAGAGGUGAGGAAAUACACACACAUCCCGUCCAUACUUAACUUAUCUAUCACAAUCACUGUGCCCCAAAACUGUGCUAUUUUGAGGCAGACUGACCUGUCUGUGGCGUAUCUGUGA